GUGACUGUUGUCAAAAAAGGAGAGAAGAAGGAGGACAGAGGGAGGACGACGGCUUCAUUUCUGUCUGUUCAGGUUUAGUUUGCGCAGAAUUUUAAUGUUAGACUAAAAGACUCGAACGUCGUCCUCGUUAGUUUUGAUUUAAAUCACCGGUGUUCGUGAGAAGUUAGCUGCUAAACGGACGUCGUUUGACAAAAGUUGGAGUCUUGGAGCUUCUGUCGAGAGGAGGAGGGGAACCAUUUUAGGAGCUUCAAUUCCAGAUAAACCGAUCCAAAAUGAGCGCAGCUGUAGCCAAACCGGCGAACCCGUCGACGAACAUCGACCCGAAAUCGGCUCCUCUCAAAGAGAUCCCCGAUGUUCUGGUGGACCCCCGCACCAUGAGGAGGUACGCCCGGGGGAAGUUCCUCGGUAAAGGGGGCUUCGCCAAAUGUUACGAGAUCACAGAUUUAGAAACGAAGCAGGUGUUCGCCGGGAAAAUCGUGCCAAAGUCCCUGAUCCUGAAGCAGCACCAGAGGGAGAAGAUGACCUCCGAGAUCGCCAUUCACAAGAGCAUCAACCACGCCAACAUCGUGGGUUUCCACGGGUUCUUCGAGAACGAAGACUUCGUGUUUGUCGUCCUGGAAAUCUGCAGGAGAAGGGUGAGUGUUAGGGAGACUGCUGCAGGGAAAAAACACACUUUAGACCAGGGUUAACGAUUUUCAACACAUUUACAAAAAAACAAACUCACUUUUACAGGCUUUUCUCUUUUAUGUGAUGUUGUCUUUUGUCUUUUCUCUAUCAUCUUUUAUGUGUAUCUAUCUAUCUAUCCAACUCUAUAUCUAUCUAUCUAUCUAUCCAACUAUCUCUCUCUCUCUCCAUCUAUCAAUCUCUAUGACUACAUGUCAAACCACUUUGCAAACUUCUGUUUUCAAAAGGGCUUUGACAUGUAGUCAUAGAGCACAUGGAAGAAGACAGAGCUCAGUAAAAAAGAGAAUUGAAGCCAUUUUCAUGUCAUAAGAAACCCAGACCAUACAAGAACCAUGCAACAUAAAAUGAGACCAUAAGGACCAAAAUAAAAACAAUAAAAGGCCUAAAAGGUUAAUUAAGAAAAGAGUACAAGUAUGACAAAAGCUAAAAAGACAGUAAAGCUGAAAUAAGAUAAAAGAGGUAAUAGAGGUAAAAGAGAAAAGUUAGCAUCACAUAGAAACAAGUCUGUAAAAGUGAGUUUUUAAAUCUGACUUAAAAGAUGGAAGAGGUCUUGGUGAAAAUCGUGAUAUACAAAUAAAGUUAUUAUUCUGUUGUCGUCCUCCCUGUCAUACAGGAGGCAACUUAAAAUGUCAGAAAUAGUAAAUCAUCUUUUAAAAAACGAAGCUUAAAAUAACAUUUAAAGUGUUGUCUUACUUUGGUUUGUGUUUUGACAUUUUCCUAUUUAUCACCUUCCAACCGCUCAAAGUCCAGACCGUCUACUUUCUAUUUUCAGUGACUCUCAAAGCUCCUCUGUCCCUUUCAGAUCCUGCAUCCUGAAAAUCUGAGUGACAAACUUUGACGUUUUCCGUUUCCUUUUCAGUCCCUGUUGGAGCUGCACAAGCGUCGUAAAGCCGUGACCGAGCCUGAAGCUCGCUACUACAUGUCACAGCUGCUCAAAGGAGUCCAGUACCUGCACAACAACCGAGUCAUCCACAGAGACCUGAAGCUAGGAAACAUCUUCCUCAAUGACGACAUGGAGGUCAAGAUAGGUAACCUGCUCCUUUUAGAUCCAUGGGGGGGUGAAAAUACCAGGAACUUGUUUUAGAGGCGUGCACAAACAAAGGACACACCUUGACUUCUCGUCUGACUUAAUCUGUGUUUUUCCAAUGAGUCAAAGUCAAAUCUCUCUGUCUCCUCCAGGUGACUUUGGUUUGGCCACUAAGAUUGAGUUUGAUGGCGAGAGGAAGAAGACGCUGUGUGGAACGCCCAACUACAUCGCCCCUGAAGUGCUGUGUAAGAAAGGCCACAGCUACGAGGUGGACGUCUGGUCACUUGGAUGUAUUCUGUAAGUAUGAGGCUCACACUUCUCAACUGUAAUGCUGCACUUUAAAAAAAAAAACAGCCCAAGUGCCUCGGCUAAGUCGGGUUUGUGUCGUCUCUCAGGUACACUCUGUUGGUGGGUAAACCCCCGUUUGAGACCUCCUGCCUGAAGGAGACCUACAACCGCAUCAAGAAGAACAACUACACCAUCCCUUGGGUGAGUUGGACCGAUUCAGUGCAUGACAUGAUCAUCACAUGACAUGACAUCGAUGUUGUCUCUGAAACCUGCUUUAUAACCCGUCCCUGUAGCAUGUCAACCCGGCCGCAGCCGCUCUCAUCAAGCGGAUGCUGCACGCCGAUCCAUCCCAGAGGCCGACCAUCGCCGAGCUGCAGGCAGACGAGUUUUUCACAUCUGGUUACAUCCCCCUACGCCUGCCCACCACCUGCCUCACGGUGCCCCCACGCUUCUCCAUCGCGCCCUCCACAGCUGUGGAGCCCAACCAGAGACGCCCACUUUCCGCCAUCAACAACAAGGGUAAUGAUCCUCUGUGGAAAUUACGAAUAGAAACAAGUUAGCGCAUUAAAACUCAGCGAACUGGAUACCAAACCGACUUAAUGAGAAAAAGAGAGUUAAAGAUUUUCCUUUUUUUUUUCCUUCAACAGGGACGGAGAAGGCUGAUGUGAAGGACGAGCUGGUUCAGAGGUGAGAAAUGUUUGUGAUUCAGACUGAAAACACCAAAGUGUGACACAUGACAAGAGAUCUGAUCGACGUUUUCAUGCGUUUGUAGGGAAGUGGAGCCGUCAGAAAACCACCUGAAAGACAUGCUGCAGCAGCUCAACAGCAUCAUCGCCGCCAAGCCCUCAGAGAAGGCCGUCAUCUGUCAAGGUGAGCGCAAACUCCCUCUAGGGUCGUGUAUGAUCGAUCGUAGAUGAGCGUCUGUGCCGGUAUCAAUGCUGCGUGUCCUGUUUUUGUAUUUCCAGAGGAGGCCGAGGACCCUGCGUGUAUUCCCAUCUUCUGGAUUAGCAAAUGGGUGGACUACUCUGACAAAUACGGAUUAGGUGAGAACUUGAUUGUGACUCCACAUGCAGCUUAAGCUAUUGUUUAACUGUAUCAGGGUGAAAAAGAGGUAAACGACUGACUCAGGUUAUACUUCAAUAAUUGGAAACAGUUACGGGGAAAGAGAUUUAUCUAGAUCUGGAUAAGUUAGAUGUUGCAUGUUAAGAGAGCAGACCCUGUAACUUUAAUCAAACCUCAGCGUGUCCUUCAACGUCCCGCCAAACACAGGUAACAAAACGCCAGAGUCAUACUGAGAGAUUAUCCUCCAUUAGAGAGAGAGCGCUGCUAUGGCACAAUCUGUCCACCAGGGUGUGCUAUUGAAUAAGAUUCAAACUUAGUUGAAAUGAUCAAACUCAAAAACAUUAGAAUUUAAUAUUCUGGUGUUAAAUGAGAGUUUCUGUUUGUGUCUUUCAGGGUACCAGCUGUGUGACAACAGUGUCGGCGUCCUCUUUAACGACUACACCCGUCUGAUCAUGUACGCCGACGGAGACAGUCUGCAGUACAUCGACAAAACAGCGGCCGAGUCCUACCUCAGCGUUCGCUCUUUCCCCUCCACACUCAACAAGAAGGUAUUUGAUCCCGUCAGUCGUGUUCGAUCCUCCUGAGGGCGAAUCAGCGUUUCAGCAUCAUGAUAUCGACUCUUGUUUUUUCCUCUCUCGCAGAUAACUUUGCUGAAGUAUUUCCGUAACUACAUGAGCGAGCAUCUAUUAAAGGCCGGCGCCAACAUCGCGCGGCGGGAAGGAGACGAGCUGGCGCGGCUGCCGUACCUCUCUCUCUGGUUCAGAACGAAGAGCGCCAUCGUGCUGCACCUCACCAACGGCACCGUGCAGAUCAACUUCUUCCAGGUUAGUGAUGCAAACUGUCAUUCAACCACAAAGACGCUUUAUGAGGAAAAAACACCGCUUAUACAGAUCAAAUCAAUAUCACCACAGACUGGUGAGGAACCCCUCCGCCACAGGGGGGCGCCAAAACCAGCACAGAGAAAAUGACGCUGAAUGAGAAGGUCUCUGAAUGAACUUCUUACUUUUCCGAACUCAGAGGUUGAAUUCGGAGUUCGUGGUGGAAAGUCAGACAACUGAGCUCCUGUGGACAACUUUUGGUUUGUGUCCACUUUGGCGCCCCCCUGUGGUCGUAUCCUGUUCUCUAAAUGCAUAAGUAGUUUCCUCGGUAACACUUUAUAAUAACUAUCCGUUUUAACUAGUUAAUCGAUCAUUAGUAAACUGUUAAUUAAAGAGUUAUUAAUGACUUGUAAAGUGUUUGUUAACUGUAUGUUAAUGAUUUAUAACUGUACCUUUAUAAAUUAGUAAUUAAAAUAAAAAAUUGGGUCGUUUCCCUAAAGUUACCACUUUUUCUCAUUUAUUAACCGUUAGUUAAUGAGGAAUCGUUGCAACUUUAGAACAACAUCCCAAUAACAUAUAUAAACUAUUAACUGACACUUAACAAGUCAUCAGUAAAUAAUUAACUUAUAGCUUGUUUAUAAUCCAUUACUAAUUUAUAAGGUAUAGUUAUAAAUCAUUUACAUACAGUUAACAAGUCAUUAAUAACUCAUUUACUAACAGUUUAUUAAUGAUAUAUUAACUAUCUAUAUGCAUCAUUAUUAAUCCUUAACAAACUGUUAACACACAGUUAACAAGUCAUUAAUAACUCAUUUAUUAACAGUUUACUAAUGAUAUAUUAACUAGUUAUAACGGAUAGUUAAGUUUUAUCGUUUCCUCUGACAAUAAUCUAGUUUUUAUGAUUUCUCACGGUCAAAUAUAUCAUUGAUCGUACAGAAACAGUAAAAACAGAGCGGUUUCUUUACAUUUUUAGUCUUGUUGCUUAAAGUGUCGUUGCUUAGAUACAUUAAAAAAAGCACCAUUAUGAAUGUCGGUCUUCCUUAAAAACUUUUUUUCCUCUGUUGAAGCUUCAAAAAGAUCAAAUUUCACCUUCGAAGCUCAAAUGAUUUUACUGCAGACCAUCGUAGAUUCAGGACAAACCUUCACAGAACGACUUUUGUCUUGGAUAGACGCGCUUAUAUCUUCAUUUUUAGGCUGUCUUUAUAUUUCUGUUUUUGUUUUCACAAAGUGCGAACUCUAUAAGUCGGAAGCUGUUUAAACAAUUUCCUCAAACAUCUGAAUCUCGAGACCCGUGACCAUUUUUCCUCCCCCCCACCAGGACCACACGAAGCUGAUCCUCUGCCCUCUGAUGGGCGCGGUGACCUACAUCGACGAGAAGAGAGACUUCCGCACUUACAAGCUGUCCCUGCUGGAGGAGUUUGGCUGCAGCAAGGAGCUCGCCGGACGCAUCCGCUACGCCAAACUCAUGGUGGAGAAACUGCUGGACAGCAAAACCUCCCCGACAGCCGCACAUUAGGCCACGCCUUCAAUCAAUCGCUCUUUUCAAAGGCCACUGUUAUUCUCCGGGCUCCCAAAGACAAAGAGGAACCUGAACUUGUCGUAUUUUAUUGAAGAGUCGGGGUGUGAUGAUGAUUUUUAUAGAGCCGUGACAUGCACCAUGAUAGUCAACCCUCUCUGUUUUGUACAUGCUGAAUUUCUGCCUCUUAUAUUUUAAUGUUCUCCUGCUGUCAAUGAAAUCUUUUUACUUGACUGACAUGUUCCCACAGCUGACUCCCAGCAUGUCUGAACGCUCCAGAAGGAAAGUUUUAAAUGUUUUCAAUCAUCUGUUGUUCCUUUACCUGAAGACAUUUGACUCAGAGUGGACGGGGACGUGUCGGGCAUUAGAUCUCAGAUCAGCUGUGUGGAUUAAGAACAGUUCCUCUGGUCACUUCUCCAGUUUGUCUUUUCUAUCCGUGUUGAUGUUAAAGUCGAGAAACAGACCAUGUUCAUAUGUCUUCAUUAUGUAUAUUUGACUUCUCCUUCCUGUAGCUGCUUCUUCUUUUUUACGUGUUUUAAGUCUAUUUUAGAUGUCUUUUCAACAACAUGUACAGACCUGUACAUACUGCUGCAUAUGCAUUCAUGUUGUAAAGAUGGUGAAAUUUUACCCAAGUUUGAAUAAAGAUUCUCUAAAGUUAACUUUAA